UCUUAAAUCUUAAAUUAUCAAUUUCAUAUAAAAAAUCGAAUUAAAUCAGGUCCUUCCUUAAGAUAACACAAAAUCCCACAAAAGCUGAAAACGCACAAAAAGUAAGAUGUGAAUAAUAAGUAGAUUAUAAGAUCACAAUGCUGCCUGUCAUUAUCUGCUGAAAGAGAAAUGAUUUUAUUAUUAUCCAUCCAUCCAUUUUCUAUACCCGCUAUAUCCUUUGAAGGGGGUCUGCUGAAGCCUAUUCCAGCUCAUUACAGGUGAGAGGCAGGUUCACCCUGGACAGGUCGCCAGUCCAUCGCAGGGCCACUAUAUACAAACAACCAGACACACUCACACCUACGGGGCAAUUUAGAAUCAUCAAUUAACCUACUACGCAUGUGUUAGGACUGUGGGAGGAAGCCGGAGUACCCGGAGAGAACCCACGCAGGCACAGGGAAAACAUGCAAACUCCACACAGAAAGACCCUGCCGGGCCUGGGAGUCUAACCGGGAACCUUCUUGCUGUGAGACAACAGUGCUAACCACCAAGCCACCGUGCUGCCCUGAUUUUAUUAUCAGAUAAGAGUAAAAUUUAUUCCAAAUAAUCUGCUUCAGCAUAUUAAAACCUGACCAUGUUAUGCACCUCAACUCCUAAAGGUUCCAGUGUGGCCCUGCAGACACAGAAACAUGACCCAGUAACAGAUGAAACCUACUUCAGUUUGUUUUAACCUUAGGGAUCACUGACACUUUACAUCAGACAGAAAAAAAUGUUAUAGAAUCUUGAGUAUUCAUCUGCACACUUUGCGUCAUUUCCUGUCAUUGGCGUUUGGAAGGAAGUUUUUUUUGUGUUUCAAAGGCCCACCCGAGGAUAUCUGAGGUAACGACUGCGUCUAUGAGUAAUGCCUCAAGAGAGGAAGUUCUGCCGACAAAGUGCCCAGUCAGGUGUCGGAAACAGCAAAAAUCACUUUGAGUACUUCACUCAUGCAUAUGAGGUUAUUAUCUUUAAAAAGCCUGCUUCUACUCCAGCCUCAGUAUUAGCCUCUGUAGAUUUUCCUAGAGCUGACCGUCUUAGUCAGGAUGUGUUUUCUGAUUAGUCAUCUGGAUUUUGUAUCCAUGACAUUUUGCCUUCCCCUGAAGUUUUUUCAAAGCAGUCAUAUCUCUAUCUCCUGGGCCCUGCUCCUAGAACACACGAUGGUUCCUGACCUGACCCGUGUGCAGUACUUCCUCCUUCCUUUUCCUUUACUCUCUCUCAAUGACAGUCCACACAGCCCACUGAACAGAAUCACCCCUAUUUAACCGAGUCAUUUAGCUGACAGACACAUAAACCUUGCAACACUUGUACUUUGUGGCACGCUCUCGCUCCCCUCUCACCAGUCAUGAAUAUUGUGUGGCUGUGCAUCACGUCGGUGUUGUCUGCUACUUCAGCCUUCUCUCAUCAAAACAUAAGCAAUUUCAGAGUUUUCCCAGCACUGAACCAAAGCAUAGCUGGAGUAACCCAGGUUAGCUACUUAAAUGACCAAAACCAGCCUCAGUAUGCCUUCAAUGCCUCAGAAGCUCGAAGGCUCUGCCAGUCUCUCGGACUGAACAUUGCCUCCAGGGCAGAAGUGGAGGACGCUCUCAGAAGAGGUUUGGAAACAUGCAGAUUUGGAUGGAUUGAUGAACAUUUUGCAGUGAUUCCCCGCAUCCAUGCACUUGCUAAUUGUGGGCAAAAACAGAUUGGGUUGGUGCCAUGGCGAGCCCCUGUUUCACAACAGUUUGAUGUGUUCUGCUUCAAUGAGUCAGAUGCAGAAGCCCAACUGAAGAACGGCAACUAUCCCUGGGAAUACGAUCAGUCUCCUUCUAAGACGACAGACUUCACCCUGACAACACUACCUACAUCCUCUUCCUCCUCUCCUCUUUUUUCUUCCACCUCAGCCGAUGAAAUCAUGAACAACGAGGUAGAACAGGCUCGCUUGGUCAGCAGUGCAAAUGGCUCUGCUGGAGUAAAAGUUGUGCUCAUCGCCUGCACCUGCGGUCUCCUUCUGAUCUCAAUGAUCAUCAUUGCAUACCUAAAACUGAGAGGACACUGCCCUCAGAACUCUGACGUGAAGCAGCAGCAAGAGUACAUCCAGACAGAAGAGUGUGAGCGUGUGAAGAACAUUACAGAAACCACAUCAGAGGAUCAAGAGGAUCAGAGGAUACAAGUGGAGGAUGACACACCUUAAUAUUUAGCUUUGGUUAAGGUAGAGAGGGGGAAACCCUGUGCAAUAAUUUUUAAGAAAGGAGACUCGCAACUGAAUUCAAUUGUUCAUGUCUUUAUUACUUUGUCAUUUAAUUUAAUUCAAUGCUGUAGUUUCGCCACUAGAGGGCAUUAUUGUCAAUGCAAUGAUUUGGAGGAUUUACAACCUUUAAAAAGUCCUUUAACAUUGUGUUUUGGUGCUUCAGGUAAUGAAGGUGUAAUAACUUCUUGAUUUAUGACUUUCAAUAUCACAAUAUAUUUUUCAAAAUGUUGCAGAUGUGCCAAAAAAAAGUAAAAAGUAAAUAUCCCUGUCAUUAUUCAUGUCUGCUAUCCCAGGUCAGUCUCAUGUCUGAUGAGCAGUGUACACAGAAUAUGAUAACUUUCCAACUGCUUCUUUGGCAUACUAAUGUCACAAAAUGCAGUGUAAGGUUGUUUAUACAUACAAUAUGAGGUUUGUUUACUGACAGUGACGAGUGUGAGUCAGCUUCCCUCGGGUCUGGCACCUCCACAGGUUUAAUGUAAACCCGCUAAAACCCAAGUGCUAUAAGUUAUUUGAAGCAUGCAAAUUUGUAUUAUCGUGCUCAUCUGCUGUGUAUGGGCAGCCAGCCAAGCACUGCUGAUUAAGAGACUAUUUAUUUUAGCUAGCAAUCGUAUCCACCUGAUGACACUUGUCAAAAUAAAGGUAACUGAUUAUACUUGA